GUAUUAUUUAUGGAAGUCCUGCGGAAAAAACUGGAGUCGUGCCUCCGCAUACUAAACAGAGGUGUUGAAGCCACAAGUGUGAGAAAUAUGAACUGGCUUAAUGAUUUCUGUGCGGCUCUAUUGGAAUUUUCAUCUGCUGUCCAUGAAUCUUUGAGCGAUCGGAAGCAGAGCGCCAAAGCUCAGGAGUCCGCCGAAUUGGUUUGUCUUUGCCUAACUCAGAUUAUGGUGUGUGUGCGGCAAGUAGAGUGCACAAUGAAACUGGCGUCUGGCUCUGCAGUUUCGGCGAGCCACGUUUAUUUUCUCGAUCGCAUUCGAUGGUGCCUGCAACGCCUGUUGCAUCUUUGUUCGAGUGACGAGUCUACAGAUGAUGGCCAGGGGCGCUCCUUCCUCAAAUUGCUUGACUCCACGUUGGACACGUUAGCGCUGUUCAGUUCAAGCAAUGAAGAAAAUAGUGAUUUGAUGAAUUUUCCUAAUACACCUGCAGAGAUCCUGUCCCUAGGCGCACAGUUGCGCGUUAACAUCGACUUGCUAUUGGGCCAGACAUUGGGUUUUGCAAAUGUAGCCCUGCAACAGGAUAAAAGGGCACUAAGUGCACUGUGUCAGAAGGUGAUUCGCGAGCUGAGCGCAUUCCAAGAUGAAUGCAAAGACCCGAACACGUCGAGCUCCAAUCUUAAACUGAAAUCCAUGACACUGGAACAGGCGCUUUAUCAGUUAGAAGAUUUCAUCAAUGAUGCCCUGCUGCGUCUGGUGUUUACCUGCUUUUUGGAUUUUCAAAAGUUCUCAGUGGACAAGAUCCGAACCCUUUUGAGGAGCAGUUCGGCGGAUGAAUCUAUAGCUGAUGAGUUUAUUGCCGAUUUCGAUGUGAACAUCGAUCGAGCCACCCAGAUUGGUAUCUUUGCAAUUGCCUUCGCCCCCAACUUGAAAAUGAAAACGAUGAUGCGCAGCUGUCUGGCAUCCUUUGAGUCGCUGGACACUAGCCUGAUACCUUCCCUGCAGGCCAACGGCUCCGACCUGUACUCGGAUGUGUUGGAGCAGCACUUCGACGAGGAAGUGGCCAAGUUUAAGGCUGCGCUGCAGGAGAUCAUUGAAAGUCGCGCGUUUCUUGGCUGCUGCUUGGAGAUACUCACGGCAGGCAUUAGUGCUGCCGAGAAGCACUACGAAAAAGGCGCAUUGGAGGACUUGCUGCAAAUGGCUCUGUUCGUGUUGGAGCAUUUUCAGGUGGAAGUCAAUCGGAAGGUUUUGGCUGAGACGAAGCUUGAGGUCGGCCAGGAGUACUUGCAGCAGCUCAUACGAAUACUACGCGAGUGCAAGGCCAUACUGAUGUGUGCGUCCCAGGUGGAGCAGAAACGUAUCAUCAAGCGCUUCAAGAUCCUGCGGACGAUUUUGCGCAAGCUUCAUGGCUGUAUCGGAGCUUCGAGCCAACGUGAAGAGGGGCCGAGUGUCAUGGACUCCCAUUUGGUGGACGAAUCCCAAGAAGAACCCAGCUUUUCGGGCAUUGCGACUAGCCACUGCAGCAUCCUCUACGACACAGUGCGUAGGAGAAGACUGGCUAGACCCACCGACGCAAAGCCUAAAGAAAGUAAACAGCAAAACAUAAAGACAGUCAACUACAGUGUGCGCCGCCGAGAAAGUCUGCGCACUGUGAUGUUUAAGCGACAAAAUAUGGCGGAGAGCAAGCGAAUGUAUACAACAAUCAGCAAUCAAUCUGCAAACCUCCAAAUAACUGACAUACUCGAACAACUUACUGGAAUGUCCACUGGUGCCUUUGAAUGUUAGCCGCGUUGAUCUUCCAUUAUCAGAUUGUAAAUAAUUGAAUAUAGUUUUAAGCACUCCAUAAUCGAAGCUCCGCGAUUUGAAUUAACGUACAUCACAAGCUAAAUGCCAUUGGGCAGGUGCGACAAGUACGGCCAGGGAGACAUACACACGUAGAUUUGUAUGGUAUUUUGGUGGUGGAGAGCGUUGAAUGAGAAACAGUUGUUUGGCUGUUGCAAAAAUAAAGCAAUAUAUUAAGUUAAA